AUGGCACCAUCCUUCUCACUGACAGCUCUAGGCUUCGCCCUACUCAGUAUCUUUCAAACGUCGAGUUCAAUUGUCAUCACACGUACCGUUUUGAACAGUGCAUGUCCAGCUGCAACAUCUGCUACACUACCGGCAUGCGGCUGGAUUCCAACAAAUGGAAGCACUAGACCGUAUUGCUUCUCGACUCCGGCUCCUACGCCAUCGGGUGCUUCUUCAACAAUCUUACGGCCGGGCUAUUCGAACUCACCUGCUAUCACUCCUUCGCAAUCAGUGAUCCCCGUCACAGUCACGCCACUACCUUCGAGUAGUGCUAGAGCAAGCUCAGUAUCAAACUCUGCGCCUGUCGGCUCGAGUACUGUACUUCCACCCAUCUAUCCACCAUUACCCUCGUCGACGAGUACAUCCAUUUCCUCGUCGUCCACGACUCUCGCCACUGUAAUCCUUCCCCCAGGCUACGAAUCCCCAGCAACCACGACCUCAUCCGCUCUUCUCCCACCGGGCUACCGAAACCCAUCAGCAACCACCUCUUCACAAUCAACACUCCCCACAGAAGUAGGCUACUGCUUCCGCGAUGGCGCUCUGCUAAACGUCAACGUCAACGUCACCGUAACGGACAACCUCGGCGCACUUUACGUCCUUCUCUGUACUUCCACUUCCCUCGGAGUCAGUGUCCGCGGUGGGAUUCCUCUCGGUGCAGGUCCUGCGCCCAACUCGGUGGACGAUUGUUUCCCCAUCUGUGAUGCGAAUCCAGAUUGCACAGGGUUCACGUUCCAGAGCAUUGCACCUUAUGGCGUGGGACCCGGAACUUGUUCUUUCUAUCAGGGCAUAGGAUUAUUCUUCGAUGCGGUUGCGGAGGCAAAUCUGAUUGCGUUCAUCAAGGUGCCGCUUCUGGGCCAGAGUAUUGAUGAGGGGAUGGGGAGGAGAUUGAGGAAAGAAAACACUGGGGCUUCGAUAUAA